CGAGAAUUAUCACGCAUGGCGAAACAAAGUCAAUUUUGACGUUGCCGAAUCCAAAAAAUUGAAGGCAGAUUUGCCGUGUGUCAUCAGCAGAUUUGGCAAGUUGUGUGCGCGCACCAGCGUCAAGGACUGUCACCAGAAUCGCGUGGUGCACACCCGUGCGACAUAGACACUCUGCAGACAACACAACACAACACACAUUCAACACACACGACACGCGCGAGACACACAAGAGAGAAUUGCUUCAUUGUCUUGACGCCUGCCUUUGCCAUUUUCACGCAUACCGCUUCCGUCUUGAAAAGAACGCUGCUGCAAGUGUGCACGUGGUCAAACGCUGGCAUUACAGACAGUUGUUCUCUCUCCCUUCUCCGCGUGUUGUUGGAAGAAGAAACUUUGGCGCACGAUGUGGUCGCUUGGUUGCCAGCGCAUGUGGCUGGUGGUCGGCGCGCUUGUUGCCGUCGUUGUCACAUCCACGCUGCUGGCGCCGUCUGCCGCCGUCACGUACUGGGUCACCCACAAGGGCCGCGUAAAACCCUCCUCGGAAUGGCCCUCCAACUUCCCGACGCGCUGGAACUCCGUGUUGGACAUGCUCCAUGAUCAAGACGUGCAGGAUGUUGCUGCCAUGGCGCUGCUGACGCACAUGACGGGAGCAAAGUCCAUCGCCUUUGACGCCCAUCCCGCCAAUGACUCGAAGCCAUCAAAGGAAACCAAAGAAGCGGAGGAGGAGUGUGGACACACCGCGUCCACAUGCACAUCCACAUGCACGUCCACGUCCACGUCCACGCCGUCAACAGAGCAGAGCACCAGUGGUGAUGCCGACACAAUUGACGUCACGCUCCAUUUCCCGCCGCCGCUUGCUGAUGAUAUGGGUCACGGCAUCGACGAGAGCGAUGGCAGCGGGAGCUGUAUUGGUGACGGCUGUGCUGGUGACGACGACGCAACAGCACCUGAUGUUGAUGUGCGUCGUGAGCAGCAAGAGGUGACGCUGUAUGAUGGCGGUGUGUGGCUGCUGGAGCAAGCAGAGAACGAGGCUGGUGGUGGUGAUGGUCCUGUUGGUGACAGCGGGCUGUAUGCCGACGCAUAUGCACGCGUGCACGCAUCUUGGGUUGCGGCAACACACGGCACGUGCGGUGAUGGAAAUGGUGGCGAUGACGAUGAAGAUGUGGUGUUGGAGCUGCUGCUGCGCGAUGAACACAUGUGCAGAACAGACGAAGACCCGGCAGUCACCUAUGCUGUUUCUCCCUCGUCCUCCUCUGCUGUCGCCGUCUGUGGCCCGCCCGUCCACACUGCUGUCUACGAUUAUCUGCACGUGAUGCAGCCGCUGCUGGCCGACAUGAACAUGGCUACAGCGCCAUCACCACCAUCAUCACCACCACCAUCAUCAUCGUCAUCAUCAUCAUCAUCGUCGUCGUCGUCGUUGUCGUCCUUGCGUGCGCCCGUGUUGCCGUCGGAACUGCUGCAAGAUGUCGCCAAUGACACAUAUGCACACGUUCUCCUGGACAUCAAAGGCACGCGCGCUCUCGCUCCAAACAACAACGAGGACCUGCUCGUGUCGGCUGCGCGGGUGUAUGCGUCUGCAUCGAUGCGUUCGUCUGCGCUGUUAUGUCUGCGCGCCGCCCUCAACAACAGCCCGACACACACGCGCGGGCUGCUUGCGCUGGGGAAACUCGCCAUGCACCUAGGCCACCCGCUUGAUGCGGAGCGGCUGUUCCGUCGCGCCAUCAAAGUCGGCGGCACCACCCGACCCGCUGCCCACUACUGGCUCGCACGCACCAUGCACACCCAGGGUCGUUUUACAUCCGCGAUGGAGAAUUACGACGCCGCAUUGCGUCAUGAUCCCACACUGGCCCAGGCCGCCUACCACCGCUCCCUCCUCACCGAUGAGAUGCGACAGCAGACGGGCCGCCCGCUGCUCAUGCAGACACUCGCCAUCAUCGGUGUGGCCUCCCUUGGGACGCUCAUCAUUGUCUACUUUGCCGUGGCACGCCAACCACCAUCCCCAGCACGGUCAUCACACAGCCACGACGCAAGUUCCAGAACCCAUGCAACUGCUACCGCCACUGCUUCCACCACCACAUCUGUGACAGGAGCACAGGGUAAGGGAAAGGCACGUGGCAACGGUCAGAGCAGCAAGAAGAACAACCGCCGUCGUGGUGGCAAGUCCGGACGCUCCAGCCUUGCAACACCCGCCGCCACUGCCACCGGUGGUGGUGCUGUUGGUGCUGGCUGCGGUACCAAUGCCACUGCCAACACGGCAACAGCGGCUGCGUGACCUGGUGCACGCCCCUCCUCGUCAUGAUGACCGCGUAAACAACCAUGCAUGCUCAUCCUCGGGCUGGGGACUAAUGGAAGCAUAUUCGACCCAAGUCUUUCUCUUGCUUCCUCCUAUUCGUAUUCAGCUUUAUUUUUGUUUUGUUUCGCUCUUGAGUGUGUCGUCCUGCUUCAGUGUACAUGUGUGUGUGUGUGUUGGUUUUGAUUCCGUCUUCAAGCAGAGCUGUGCUCCAUCGUGCUUGUUGCAUGCAUGUCUGUUGUCCUGAAGUUUGUACGUUUCAGCUUCAUUUAUCAUGUCACAUCACGACACGUCAUGUAUUUCAUGUCCAUGCGCGUUUGUGGGCCCACCACUCUCGCGCACGGGCAAACACCGCCCUCUUGUCCAACUUUUGACUGCAUGCGUGUGUGUCUGCGCCCUGUGCUACUCACGUGUGCUGGGAUGACAUGGGUGGAGGCCCUUGUGUGUUGUGGGAACGUGUGGUGUUUGCUGUUGUCUGUGGUGCAUGCUUGCUCUGCCCAUGUUGUGUGUUUGUGUCGCCCUGGGCAGAGCAUGUUUGUGUUUCACAUGAGCAUCUGUGUAGAAUGCGUGUUUCUUUCUCUGUCAUCUGUGAUGGCUAGCUCGUAGGCUUCGUGCUCACACGAACAACAAUACACAGUCUCAUCACA